CCACGACUCUGCUUUGACUUUCCGCUGCAGCACAAUUUAUGCACCACCGAAUAUAUUCAUCCAAAUUGUAGUCGACAAUUGUGCACAUCUACUGGUUUCUAUUCAUGAUUCACCUGCCUGGGAGCACAACCAGCCGACACGGAACCCCAGGCGCAUAGACGCGACAGCCUGUCCUCUUCCAACUAAUUAUUCAACAAUCCCACUACAAUGUCUGCCGCCGUCGAAGAUGCGGUACCUGCAGCAUCUUCUGCCAAUGCUGGCCAGGGCACCGAGGCAUCCAACAAGUUCCAACACGCUGUGACAGCAUGGAGAACAAUCGAUCUCACAACGCUUACUUCUAACCUCGACACUACAGCUUCCGACAUUGUCGCAUACCAGAGAGACUCGACAGUACAAAGAAAGGAUCUAGCCCAAAAGACAAAGGACUUUCGCAAGCUAGACGACUCUGCCAAGUUGACCGAAGUCAAGAGCCUGCUCAAAGCAUAUCAAACAUUCAUCGAUCUCUUGGCGAACCACUCCAAAUCUGUUAAUUCUGCCUUUCUCCAGGCAUACACCUCCAUCUCCGAAGCCCCCGAUCCAUAUCCUCUCCUAGAAGCAUCGGUUGAUGCCAUGCUGGUGGCAGAGGAGACGGUGCCAAAGCUCUCAGCCGAAAAUAGACACCUCCAUGAGACGGUAUCGAAGCUGACAUCGCAGCUCGAGGAGACCGAGGCAAAACUUCAGUCCGAAAUCUCAGCCAAGAAGGAGCUUGAGGAUACGCUAGAGAAGAGAGUUAAGGAUGUUGAAGCCACAUGGACAGCCGUUAUGGAGGAGAAGAAGGACAACUGGGAAGCCAAAGAAAAGAGUCUGGAAGAAAAGGUCGAGAAUCAGGAUCGUCUGCUCAACGAGAUGAAGGCUACCUACGAAGUCAACCAGCGCCUGGGUAAGACUGGCGAAGAUGGCGAGGCUCAGCGCAGCCAGGCAUCUACUGCGGAGAUUGAGAUGCUCCAUUCAGAUCUUGAACGAACCAGUGCCCGUCUUGCCGAGAUUGAGACGAGAAACGAACGCCUCCGCCUGGAUCUCGCCCAAGCCAAGUCUUCGGCUACGUCACAGACCAAGACGUCGCUGGAGGACGAUCCCGACUACAUGCGCAUGCGCUCCGAAAACUCGUCUCUGAUCCGUAAACUCGACUCCUCCAGGCUGGAAAAGGAUAGCCUGAAGAGAGACCUAGACGUCAAGCUGCGAUCUGCCGAGCGAGCGGCUAGUGCACUCAAGGAAGAGCGUGACACACUCAAGGAGAAGCUGACCAAGUGGAGCGACUACGAAGAAGUCAAGCAAGAGCUUGACGUCUUAAAGAGCAUUGAAUUUUCAACUGGAGACGACGACGAAGUCGCAGAGCAGGGAGGCGAUGGCGAAAAGGGAAACACUCUGGAGAAGCUGCUGCUGGGCCGCAACAAGAAGCUUGGCGAUGAGCUCACCAUCCUGCGUGUAUCACACCAAGACCUUCAGACACGGCUGGGUAGCAUCCAGGAAGACUUGUCGCGGACCAAUGCUGAGCUAGAGCAGUCUCAAAAGCUCAACGAGAAGCUGGAGAGCGACCUGGAGAAUAUGCAAGCCGAAGGUGCCAAUCUCUUCCCGUCAGGUGUCUCUGUGGCUGGCACAUAUGUGACGCGAGCACCAACACGAAAGGGCAAGAUCUCACCAACGUCCUCCAUUAUUAGUGGCCUCGACCCUCGCAGCUCAUAUGGCGAACGUGACGCCCCGGCAGCCAGCGCAGGCAUCCUGCCCAUGGUAACAGCACAGCGAGACCGAUUCAAGAAGAAGAAUGUGGAGCUUGAGCGGGAUCUCUCCGACAGCCACGCGACAGUGCAGCAGCUCCGUCAAGAGGUGGCGGCGCUACAAAAGGACAACCUGAAUCUCUACGAAAAGACCCGCUACGUAUCGACCUACAACCAGAGUGGUGCGACGGCUGCUGCCUAUGGCGGAAACCACAACCCAUCAUCCGUUACAAUUGGCGGCACAGGCACGCCAGGCAUGGAGAUGGACCGAUACCGUCAAGCGUACGAAUCCAACCUGUCGCCUUUUGCAGCCUUCCGCGGCCGCGAGUCAGUACGCGCGUACCGACGCAUGAGCCUGCCAGAGCGAGCAGUGUAUUCCAUCACGCGCAUCGUACUGGCAUCGCGCAUGAGCAGAAACAUCUUUGCGGCAUACUGCGUGGCGCUGCACGUCUUGGUCUUUAUGACAUUGUACUGGAUGCGCUCGGCAGACGCAAACACGGCACGAGGGUCAACCAAGGGGGCGGCAUGGAAGAAGGACGGAUUUAACGCGUGAUGAUAAAAGGCUAUUGAUGGGUGACCACGACGCCGUACCUGUAUUUUAGGACCAUAUUAAUACACACACACACACCUUGACACAUAUGAAAUGCAUCCUGUAUAUGCACAGCAGCAGCCAACCAGACACAAAGGUAGAGGCACCGCCAAGCUAAGAGGGACACACACAGGGUCUCCAAGCAGGGAGAUGAUGUGCGUGCGUGCAUGAACCGGAUUGUCUCUGAUCUUGCAGCCGCCGGCCGCAUCGCGCGACCAGCGCCGAGAGCCAAUCAUCUGGUGGGCCGUUGCACCGGCACUUCAGGCCAAGUAUCAUGGGAAUUACCAUGCAUAGCUAUGAAUAGUGUCUUUUUCUGUACUCCUCGCC